AAAGCUUACCUGGAAAGCCAACCUGCAAUAGAAGGUACCUUCAAUUAUGUGCAAAAGCGCUGCCUCUGUAAUGAUUAUCCUGCAACCUUCAUAUGGGACUUUUCCACCAACAGUUCUGCAAGAAUUAAAACAGUGGUUGACAUUAUUAAGGAAAAUGGUAUCUGCCCUCUAGAUAUUGCAGUAGUGCCCAUCUCAGGAGACCGGUACUAUUCUUCAAAUGUCCU